CAAGCUGAACGGAGUAUCGUAUGACUCACUGGCCCCCAUACCUGCGUCCAUAGGCAACCUCACAACCCUCACCUACCUGAGCAUGGUAGGCAACUCUCUCACCGGCUCUAUUCCAGAGUCGUUCAGCAAGCUCGUUCUUUUAAAGUCACUAGACCUGAGCGUCAACAUGAUAAAGAAACCCAUCGAUGCCAUCAUGACCCUCACUGCUCUCACCUACCUGAACAUGAGUAGCAAUUUUAUCAGCGCACCACUGUCGCCAGGCAUUGCCAACCUUCAAGCACUCAAGUACCU